CCCUCCUCCUCCUCCUCCUCCUCCUUCUCCUCCGGCCGGCCAUGGCGCGCUCGGCGGCGGCGGCGGCGGGGCGGCGGCUGCCAUUGGUGGUGGUGGUGCUGGGCGCGACGGGCACCGGCAAGUCGCGGCUGGCGCUGCAGCUCGGGCUGCGCUUCGGCGGCGAGAUCGUCAGCGCCGACUCCAUGCAGGUAUAUCAGGGCUUGGACAUCAUCACCAACAAAGUUUCUGCCCAGGAGCAGAAGCUGUGCAAGCAUCACAUGAUCAGCUUUGUGGAUCCCUUGGUCACCAAUUACACAGUGCUGGACUUCCAGAAGAAGGCCACCACCAUCAUUGAUGAGAUUCUUGCCUCCCAGAAGAUCCCAAUUGUGGUUGGUGGAACAAAUUAUUACAUUGAAUCUUUGCUCUGGAAGAUUUUGUUUGACACCAAGGGGGAGGCCAGGGGUCCAACAGUGACAACAGAAGAGUGGAAAACUGGGCUGGAGGAUCUGGAGAGUCAGGAGCUACACCGUCGGCUGAGUCUGGUGGACCCUAACAUGGCAACCAGAUUGCACCCCCAUAAUAAGCGCAAAAUAAUCAGGAGCUUGCAGCUGUUUGAACAAACUGGCAUCCCCCACAGUGAGUUGCUACGACGGCAGCAUGAGGAAAAAGGGGGAGGACCCUUGGGGGGUCCUCUGAAGUAUCCCAAUUCUUGCAUCUUCUGGCUUCAUGCAGAACAGGCAGUUCUGGAGGUGCGACUGGACCAGCGGGUGGAUGUAAUGAUGGAGGCCGGGCUGCUGGAGGAGCUGCAGAAUUUUCACCAGCAAUACAACCAGGAGAAAGUGGCUGAGAACAGCCAGGAUUAUCAGCAGGGCAUUUUCCAGUCUAUCGGCUUCAAGGAAUUCCACCAGUUCCUGAUUUCCAAGGACAAGAGUCCAGAGGAGGACAGGCACCAGCUGCUGGACCAAGCCCUUCAGGCCUUCAAGACAGGGACCAAGAGGUAUGCUCGGAAGCAGAACAAGUGGGUCCAGAACCGAUUCCUGAGACGUCCUGGAUCAAAUGUGCCCCCUGUCUAUGGCUUGGACGUCUCCGAUCUCUCUCAGUGGGACAAAAGUGUGUUGGAACCAGCCAUUCAGGUUGUGGAGAGCUUCUUGAAGGGCCAGAAGCCUCCGAUGGAGCCCCUCAAGCUGGAGCCGAUGCCAGCAAAGGACAAGCAGAGUUGCCGGUUGUGUGAGCUGUGCGGCCGAGUCAUCAUCGGGGACAGAGAAUGGGGAGUGGGUGGUUGAUCCUAGAAGGCAGAAGAUCCCCACCACUUCAGCAUCUCCACUGCCAGUUCUAAGGCAGGUUGUUCUAUUUGUUGCUUUUAGUUUUACCUUCUUUACAUUUAAUCUUAGUCCCAUUUUUUUGUUCCUUAACGUGUAUUACUGGAGCUUGCAGAUCCUUUUCAGUUUCAGCUAUUAGUGUUACCAGCGUAGUAUGCCCUAUACAGAUAGUCCUCAUUCAGAGAACACUUGCUGAGCAACUUUGUCCGAAAUGGUAUAGGGUUUCCUGCCUGAGCCCUGGGUUGGACUUAAUGACCUCCAAGGUCUCUUCCAACUUUAUUAUUAUUAUUAUUGUUGUUGUUGUUCAAAAUUACAGUAGCACCAUGACCAUUCCUUGUAAUAGCAGAUAUUAACAUUUGUGCACUUUGCUCACUCCCUCUUCAUCCUGGUUGGUUUAAUUUUAAUUGCAUUUUAAAUUUAUGGCCCUUAUUUAUUGUUUUAAUGUUUUAUAAUGCAUUUUAAUUCAAUGUCUGUAUGCCUAGAAGCCCCUGGUGAGAUGGGUAGCAUACAAAUAGAUGGUAGAUAGAUAGACAAUGGAUAGAUGAUAGCUAGCUAGUUAGCUAGCUAGCUAGACAGACAGACAGGUAGAUAGACGGAUGGAUAGAUGGAAGAUAGAUGAUACUGGAUGAUAGAUGAUGGAUGGGUAGAUGGAUGGGUAGGUAGGUAGGUAGGUAGGUAGAUAGAUAGAUAGAUAGAUAGAUAGGUAGAUAGAUAGGCUGUUUCUGAACAUGGUGAUGUUCUUGGAAGUUCAAAAGCCAUCCAGACAGCAGUUGACAGGCAUGGAAGAUGUUGACGUGCCACCACUGGUCAGCUGGAUCCCCGGUCUCUGGAUCAGUUCAAGAGAUCAGGCAGCUACAGGGAAAAAGGUCAUUUUGAAGGAAUCACCUUCCCUGCUGCCCAAAGAUAAUGCCCAGGAACGAGGGAGAGAGAAGCACCCCAACCUUUGCCUGAAGGCCAAUGGGUGCCAUCCAAUUCCACCUCUACAUGUCACCUGACAGCAAUGCUGCACAAAUGCUCAGUGAAGCACUGCUGAUGGUUCAUGGCUGAUUUAAGGGGGGAAAAAACAAGUUUAACCCUGAAAAGCCUGGGUCCAGGCUAUCUGAGGAACCAUUUCAACCCAAUUGGAUUGGUCUACACUGGACAAAGGGCAUGCUGCAGACCCCGUUGGUCAAGGCAGGGUCUAGGACAAGAGCCUUUUCUACUGUGGCUCCUGCCCUCUAGAACAUUGUGCCCUGCAAGAUGAGAUCGAUCCCCAUGUUCUUGGCCUUCUGGAAGGGCCCGAAGAGCUGGCUUUGUCAAGAGGCCCCAAUGGGGGCACCUUGUUCUGGAGGUGGUUAAUGGACUAAGAUAAGAACCCACCUCCUCCCUCUGUGUAUCUUUCCCCCUUCUUUGACAUCUUUAUCAAUUUUAAAGUCAGUUUAAUGUCAACAUUUAUUAUUGUUUUAUUGUAUUGCUUUUAUCUGCUUGGAAGCCACCUAGAGUCACCUCUAGGCGAGAUUGGUGAAAUUAAUAAAAUUGCCAAGGCUGAA